GGAAUAUUAAUUUUGCUAACACAGGGUAGCUUGGCACGUGCUCAUCACCAGCUCUAAAUAAGUGAAUAGAAGUGGGUUGCUGGGUUAUUCUCAAGUUCUGAAUUUCAGACCUCCUCUUGUCAAUUUCAAAAACCUGUCAGCAUCUUUCUCUCAGUUUAGUUUACUGGUACCACCAUCAUGGCCAAUCCAAUGGAUCUUAGGUCUCUAGGAAAUUCUCUGAAUUCCAUUGCCGCGAGAUCAAACAACCAUAAGAUCAUUAUCGGGAUCGAUUAUGGUACAACAUUCUCAGGUGUCAGUUAUGUGACUUCGGACAAGGACGGCAUCGAGGAUAUCACUAUCAUGUCUCCAUGGCCUGGGGAUCCUCACGUGUCUUGGAAAACCCCGACAAGAAUUGCCUACAGCCAAGAGAAUUCAAGUCUUAAGAACAACAAGUGGGGAUUUGAGGUUAACCCAAAGAUGAUAUCAUACUCCUGGACUAAGCUUCUGCUUGACAAGAAUGCUGCUACGAAGGAACAUGAUGAUCCAUCACUGACAGGUAUGGAGGGUUCUGGUAUGCUCCCAUUACCUCCAUUUCGUGAUGCCGCAGGGGUUUGUGAGGAUUUUUUACGCGAGGUUUAUAUACAUGUAUCAAACAAACUGCGGCAACAAAUGUCCGAUCUGACUUUUGAAAACACUCCAAUGGAAUGUUGGGUAACAUUGCCUGCUGUGUGGUCAGAAGAGGCGAAAGAUGCUACCCUGAACGCUGCAAAGAAUGCUGGGUUUGGGAACAGGCCAGGAGACGAAAUUUACACAAUCGCCGAGCCUGAAGCUGCAGCCAUCGCAACUUUAAAGGAAUUUGCAAAAUCAGAUGCAAUGAAUCAAAUUACACCUAAUGAGAAUAUUCUAAUCUGCGAUUGUGGAGGGGGCACUGUUGACAUCACAACGUACAAAAUCACCCAGGUGCAGCCAUACCUGUCAUUUGACGAGUUAUGUGUCGGCAUCGGCGGAAAGUGUGGAUCAACGCAAAUUGAUCGAAAUCUUCAUAUUAUGCUCUCUCAACGCUUCGGUGCGGCAUUUGAUGAUCUGACAUUUGGUCAAAAGGGUCCGGGUAGUAGGUUUAUGGCCGCGUUUGAAGCAUUGAAACGAGACUUUGGUCGUAACGACGAGAGAGAGAUUGGAGAGUUAGGCCCUCUCAAUCUUAACGUAGUAGACUCUGCGUAUUUUGAUGAAGAGGACCGACUUGUGUUGCUCUCACAUCAGGAUAUGCGAGCCCUUUUUGAUCCCGUCAUCACAGAAAUUACAAGGCUGGUAGAACAACAAGUCAAAGCUGCAAAGGACACUCAAAAUGCAAAAAUCAAUCGUAUCAUUUUAGUUGGGGGUUUCGGUGAAUCACUAUACCUCAAUACAAAGCUGAAGUCGUGGUGCAAACGAAAUGGGAACAUAACUUUGAUUUGCCCCCUGCAUCCCCAAUCUGCUGUUGUGCGUGGCGCUGCUUUGCGUGGGCUAGAAGGAAUUGCACCCCGCGUGAAGCAUCUUCGCCGCCACUAUGGUAUUUCUUUGGAUAAGUCUUUCCGAGAGGGUAUAGACCCAGAGGAAGACUCUUAUGUUGACGUAUGGGGAAAUUUGAAGCGUUGUAGAGGACGGAUGGAAUGGUUAAUUCUCAAGGGAGACGAAAUAACCAAGGAUACCUUUAGAGUUGUCGAUAGUGGCACGGAAUAUACACCUCAUGAAAAUAAAAUACUCAAAAGUACACUUUACGCUUGUGUGUCAGAAGAACCUCCCGAAUAUCUUUCUGACCCUGGAAUCGAGAGAGUUGGCGAAAUUCAGUCAAACUUAGGUAAAAGCUUCAAUUUUGGCAAUAAUAUUCAGACACAAUUCAAUCAUCGCCUCGGCCGUCAGGUGCAGAGAAUCACUUUUCAACAGCAGAUCGUAUUUGGUAAUAAGGGCGACAAUCUCACGUUCAAAUGCCUUAUUGGUGGAAAGGAGAUAUGCAAGUCAGCCAUGAACUUCGAUCGUUGAAAUUGCAGGAAGUUCUAUUUGCAAAGGUCUCGAUCAUUCAGAAGCGUUGUCUUCUUACUAUUGGGACUAUUCGUCCUGUUUUCAUUCUUUUAUAUUUCCAGAAAGAGACAUUCCACUAAUAAUCGGAGUUUUCAUUUAAUUACUCUCAAGGCUGACUGAUUUACAAUACUGGGCAAACAGAUACUGCGUUGAAUUUUACAAAAUAUAAAUACUUUACAGCCA